AUGGAAGUGGGCAGCCAGAUUGCGGAAGAAGUGGUGGAUAUCGUGGGCCAUGAUGGAGGAUCAGGACAAGAUGGCGGAUGUGAUGGCGGCCCGGUCCCGGCGGGUUCUGUUGCGGCAUCUGGGCUCAUAGUUCCAGUGGAAGACAUGGAGGUGGGUGGCCUGACUGCGGAAGAAGUGGUGGAUAUCGUGGGCCAUGAUGGAGGUGAAACCUCUGGGAUUGCUUCUGGUGCCGUGGAUACCGAGGGGAACCCUGCAAUGACAUCAUCCUGUGCUUUCCAUGAGGGGGAAGCGUCUCUCCCAGAGAGAGUGCUUGGUGGUGGCAGUGCAGGGGGCGUGGUGGCUGCCAGGGUGGCGGAGACCAGGGUAGGUGACUUGGCCACACUCCAUCGGGCCAAUUGUCAGUGGAAGCUGGGGCCUUCCUUUUGGUCUCUUGCAGCCGAGACGUCCAGUGUGUUGGCAGUGCUUUUUACUGAUAUGGUUAACGUGCACAGGAUUAUAGAUUUACAGGAAGGGGGCGCUCUGGAGCUGAUUGCUCCUCCCACACAUCGAGCCAGGGUGGGACUCAGUGUAAAUAUUCCCUGCAAGUACAAAUCGGAGAAACUUCCUGUGGACCUGAAAUUCUUUGCAAUACUUUGGUACAAAGACAGAGAGCUCAUCCUGAGCUAUCCUGAUACUGAUAAACAAACUCACCCCAGAUAUUCCUUGGACACGGGAACAGCAUUACAUGGAACCGCCGAUCUGUCUAUCUCUAACAUAUCUGGAUUUGAUGGUGGAGUCUAUACGUGCUCCGUGACCUACAGCCCAGCGAAGGAGGAGAAGGAUAUCCAAGUAGACAUUCAAGCUUCUCCAAAGAUUGAGAUCACCAGAAAGGUGGUUGUAGCAAACAGAGAGAGUGUCCUGCGCAGCUCCAUCACUGGGUUCCUCCCAGAGGACAUUGACAUUACAUGGCUCAGGGGGAGCGUGAUGCUGAAUAGGUUCUCAGUGGACAAACCUCUGAGGAACCGGGAUGGGACGUACAAUGUGAGCAGCUCAGUAACCAUCACGCCUACUGAGGAGGACAGAGAGCGGAUCUUCUCCUGCAGAGUCCAGCACCAGUCCCUGCAUGGACUUGUCCAGGAAGACUUCCAGCUGGUGUACGGAGCUCAUCCACGGAUCAUAAUCACUGGUAAUAUCAUUGUCAUAAACGCAGAGAGUGUCCUGCGCAGCUCCAUCACUGGGUUCUACCCGGUGGACAUAGACAUCACAUGGCUCAGGGAUGGAGAGAAGCUGAGUGGGGUCACCGUGGAGAAACCUCAGAGUGACCCGGAUGGGACGUACAGGGUGAACAGCUCAGUAACGAUCACACCCACUGAGGAGGACAGAGAGCGGAUCUUCUCCUGCAGAGUCCAGCACCAGUCCCUGCGGGACCCUCUCCAGAGUGACUUCCACCUGGUGUAUGAAGAUGUAACGUUAAAGAAUGGACUGAUAAUCGCUAUUGCGGUUCUAUCUUUCUGUGUCGUCGUUUUAGCAUGUACAGCUGUUUAUAUAUGUCGACGGAAGAAGCACAGGGAUGAAGUUGGCAACUCGACAGACAGGACACCGCUUGGCAAUAUAACAUCGGAAUCCCAACAGCGCUCAAAAAACUGCAUGCAGAAUCUUGACAGUUGUAAUACCGAAGAAGAAUUGAAAGAUAAGACAGAGAUGGAUCCUUUAAUUGACAGGACGAACCGCAAGAAAGAAGGAACGCUGCUUGAUCCAGAGAUGAAAGAAAUAACCAUAGAAGGAGGAAAACUGAUCAUGGAUAACAGAGGCACUCUGAUGUGCGCCAUUUCUCAUUAUAUUGUUGGUAAACACACGGUGAAAUGGCUUAAAAUAGCGAGAGAUGCAAGUGAGCCCGUUCCUGUGAACUCCGACAUCAAGAUAGCCGAUAUAAGUAAAGAUGAGCCGUCUGGAGAUGAUACAGCAAAACUGACUUUCACUCCAGUACAGGAGUCCGAUAACGGGGCCGUAUUCAUCUGCAGGCUGGAGCGUCCCGGCUCUGAGAGCCCGAUAGAGAGAAGAAUAGGCCCGCUACGUGUGACAAGAACGCUGCUUGAUCCAGAGAUGAAAGAAAUAACCAUAGAAGGAGGAAAACUGAUCAUGGAGAACAGAGGCACUCUGAUGUGCGCCAUUUCUCAUUAUAUUGUUGAUGAACACACGGUGAAAUGGCUUAAAAUAGCGAGAGAUGCAAGUGAGCCCGUUCCUGUGAACUUCGACAUCAACAAGAUAGCCGAUAUAAGAAAAGAUGAGCCGUCUGGAGAUGAUAUAGCAAAACUGACUUUCACUCCAGUACAGGAGUCCGAUAACGGAGCCGUAUUCAUCUGCAGGCUGGAGCGUCCCGGCUCUGAGAGCCCGAUAGAGAGAAGAAUAGGCCCGCUACGUGUGACAAGAACGCUGCUUGAUCCAGAGAUGAAAGAAAUAACCAUAGAAGGAGGAAAACUGAUCAUGGAGAACAGAGGCACUCUGAUGUGCGCCAUUUCUCAUUAUAUUGUUGAUGAACACACGGUGAAAUGGCUUAAAAUAGCGAGAGAUGCAAGUGAGCCCGUUCCUGUGAACUUCGACAUCAACAAGAUAGCCGAUAUAAGAAAAGAUGAGCCGUCUGGAGAUGAUAUAGCAAAACUGACUUUCACUCCAGUACAGGAGUCCGAUAACGGAGCCGUAUUCAUCUGCAGGCUGGAGCGUCCCGGCUCUGAGAGCCCGAUAGAGAGAAGAAUAGGCCCGCUACGUGUGACAAGAACGCUGCUUGAUCCAGAGAUGAAAGAAAUAACCAUAGAAGGAGGAAAACUGAUCAUGGGGAACAGAGGCACUCUGAUGUGCGCCAUUUCUCAUUAUAUUGUUGGUGAACACACGGUGAAAUGGCUUAAAAUAGCGAGAGAUGCAAGUGAGCCCGUUCCUGUGAACUCCAACAUCAACAAGAUAGCCAAUAUAAGAAAAGAUGAGCCGUCUGGAGAUGAUAUAGGAAAACUGACUUUCACUCGAGUACAGGAGUCCGAUAACGGGGCCGUAUUCAUCUGCAGGCUGGAGCGUCCCGGCUCUGAGAGCCCGAUAGAGAGAAGAAUAGGCCCGCUACGUGUGACAAGAACGCUGCUUGAUCCAGAGAUGAAAGAAAUAACCAUAGAAGGAGGAAAACUGAUCAUGGGGAACAGAGGCACUCUGAUGUGCGCCAUUUCUAAUUAUAUUGUUGGUGAACACACAGUGAAAUGGCUUAAAAUAGCGAGAGAUGCAAGUGAGCUCGUUCCUGUGAACUCCGACAUCAAGAUAGCCGAUAUAAGAAAAGAUGAGCCGUCUGGAGAUGAUAUAGCAAAACUGGCUUUCACUCCAGUACAGGAGUCCGAUAACGGGGCCGUAUUUAUCUGCAGGCUGGAGCGUCCCGGCUCUGAGAGCCCGAUAGAGAGAAGAAUAGGCCCGCUACGUGUGACAAGAACGCUACUUGAUCCAGAGAUGAAAGAAAUAACCAUAGGAGGAAAACUGAUCAUGGGGAACAGAGGCACUCUGAUGUGCGCCAUUUCUAAUUAUAUUGUUGGUGAACACACAGUGAAAUGGCUUAAAAUAGCGAGAGAUGCAAGUGAGCUCGUCCCUGUGAACUCCGACAUCAACAAGAUAGUCGUUACAAGAAAAGAUGAGCCGCCUGGAGAUAUUAUAGCGAUACUGACUUUCACUCGAGUACAGGAGUCCGAUAACGGGGCCGUAUUUAUCUGCAGGCUGGAGCGUCCCGGUUCUGAGAGCCCAAUAGAGAGAAGAAUAGGCCCGCUACGUGUGACAAGAACGCUGCUUGAUCCAGAGAUGAAAGAAAUAACCAUAGAAGGAGGAAAACUGAUCAUGGAGAACAGAGGCACUCUGAUGUGCGCCAUUUCUCAUUAUAUUGUUGAUGAACACACAGUGAAAUGGCUUAAAAUAGCGAGAGAUGCAAGUGAGCCCGUUCCUGUGAACUCUGACAUCAACAAGAUAGCCGAUAUAAGAAAAGAUGAGCCGUCUGGAGAUGAUAUAGCGAUACUGACUUUCACUCCAGUACAGGAGUCCGAUAACGGGGCCGUAUUCAUCUGCAGGCUGGAGCGUCCCGGCUCUGAGAGCCCGAUAGAGAGAAGAAUAGGCCCGCUACGUGUGACAAGAACGCUGCUUGAUCCAGAGAUGAAAGAAAUAACCAUAGAAGGAGGAAAACUGAUCAUGGAGAACAGAGGCACUCUGAUGUGCGCCAUUUCUCAUUAUAUUGUUGAUGAACACACAGUGAAAUGGCUUAAAAUAGCGAGAGAUGCAAGUGAGCCCGUUCCUGUGAACUCUGACAUCAACAAGAUAGCCGAUAUAAGAAAAGAUGAGCCGUCUGGAGAUGAUAUAGCGAUACUGACUUUCACUCCAGUACAGGAGUCCGAUAACGGGGCCGUAUUCAUCUGCAGGCUGGAGCGUCCCGGCUCUGAGAGCCCGAUAGAGAGAAGAAUAGGCCCGCUACGUGUGACAAGAACGCUGCUUGAUCCAGAGAUGAAAGAAAUAACCAUAGAAGGAGGAAAACUGAUCAUGGGGAACAGAGGCACUCUGAUGUGCGCCAUUUCUAAUUAUAUUGUUGGUGAACACACAGUGAAAUGGCUUAAAAUAGCAAGAGAUGCAAGUGAGCUCGUCCCUGUGAACUCCGACAUCAACAAGAUAGUCGAUACAAUAAAAGAUGAGCCGUCUGGAGAUAUUAUAGCGAUACUGACUUUCACUCCAGUACAAGAGUCCGAUAACGGGGCCGUAUUUAUCUGCAGGCUGGAGCGUCCCGGCUCUGAGAGCCCGAUAGAGAGAAGAAUAGGCCCGCUACGUGUGACAAAUCCACAGAAAGAACCUGCCCCAAACACUCAGCAGCAGUCUCCAAUGCCUGGAAAUCCAGCGUCUCCACAUGACAAGCAGAGAACCGCUGUAUCCCCUGAUAAUGUGACUACAGACAGCACGGAGCCGGGAACUGACUCCCCAUCAUCUGCCUGCAAACAGCUGCAGUUCCCGUCUGCAGACAUGGGAGACACAGAGACACUGCCGGGAAAUAACGGAGAUUUAAGUCCAGCAUAUGCGUCUCCUGGGCAGGAAGGGACGGCGGAGAGAGAGACCAGGGAGCAGUGACAUAUCUGCUGGAAGUGUUCAGAUAAAAAGGGGGGCGGGGGGGGUUCCUCUAGAUAACACAGAGGUAGUCACAGAAUGAUACACCGCAUAAUAACAAUAAUAAUACUUAUAUUUAUAUAGCGGUUUUCUCCAGCAGGACUCAAAGUCACUUUACAGACAUCAGAAACACUGUACAUUGGAGGUCAUUCCGAGUUGUUCGCUCGCAAGCUGCUUUUAGCAGCUUUGCACACGCUAAGCCGCCGCCUACUGGGAGUGAAUCUUAGCUUAUCAAAAUUGCGACCGAAAGAUUCUCAAAAUUGCGAAUAGACACUUCUUAGCAUUUUCUGAGUAGCUCCAGACUUACUCGGCAUCUGCGAUCAGUUCAGUGCUUGUCGUUCCUGGUUUGACGUCACAAACACACCCAGCGUUCGCCCAGACACUCCUCCGUUUCUCCAGCCACUCCCGCGUUUUUCCCAGAAACUGUAGCGUUUUUUCACACACUCCCAUAAAACAGCCUGUUUCCGCCCAGAAACACCCACUUCCUGUCAAUCACAUUACGAUCACCAGAACGAAGAAAAAACCUUGUAAUGCCGUGAGUAAAAUACCUAACUGCAUAGCAAAUUUACUUGGCGCAGUCGCACUGUGGACAUUGUGCAUACGCAUUAGCGACUAAUCGCUCCGUUACGAGAAAAAAAUACCAAGCGAACAACUCGGAAUGACCCCCAAUGUACAAAGACUUUAGAAUUACAAGAACAUACAGGACAGAAGUCAUUAAAAACAACAAAACCUAGAGGGCACAAUAAGCAUAUUGCAGGGUUUAUGCAGGAACUCGGCCGGGGAGCCAAGCUGGUUGCUAUCGGCAACUUCUCCACUCUUAACACUGCUUUAUACAUCAACCCCUAACUUUGUAAAGAAAAAGAAAAGGAAGAAGAAUUCUGCAGAGAGGAGGUUUUAGAUCCAGCAAGAAGUACGAGAUAAGAAAAUAAAGAGAUUGAAUUUAUAUACAA